AUGCCACAUGGCAUUGGCUCCUGGUUUCAUGAGUUUCAUGUUCUGAGAAAUGGUCUGGUGCUGGCCUUCUGGUUGCUGACCUCGCCCAGUGGAGCUGGGGCCGAAUUGAGUGCCGAUGCUGAGGUAGGGGUGCAGCUGCUUCAGACGAACGCCCACUUGAAAAAUCACCUUCCUGGUGUUGAUCAUGCCUGCUCGGCUGGGUACGGGCCCGGCAUGCACAUAGUUCAGCUCCCGGACAUCCAGCGACAGUUCCUCUUGCUGGUGCCACCUGAGCUCGUUCAAAGCAGUUCUGGGGUCCCGCUCGUCAUGUCUUUUCACGGCACCUAUGAGACUCCGUGGUUCCAUGAGAAGGAGCUCGGCCUUAUGCAGACAUUGUCGCGCUACGGAUGGUUGGGCAUCCUGCCUUGGGGAAGCACCCUUUCGAAUCCGUCUUCCAUGGGCGGAGUCAGGGAAUGCUGCUCCUCUCUGUGCGACACUGACGAGUGCUGUAAGCAGGGCCGAUUCGUUUCAAAGAAACUGGAAGCAUGCAGUUGGUGGCCCCAGGGUUCGUACGAUCGCGACUUUAAGUUCGUCGACCGCAUCUGGAAGUGGCUCGAGGAUCACACCUGUGUGGACAGGACGCAGGUCUUUGCGGCCGGUUUCAGCGUUGGCGCAUCCUUUAGCUGGAGCUUAGCCUGCUACCGGAGCCAAUACCUGCGCGCUUCUGCACCCAUCGAACCCUGGUCAGAUCUGCUGGAUUUGACCAACUGCUCGGGUGCAAGGCCGGUCUCCAUGCUGAGCUAUGGUGGGACGAGCGACCCAAAUGUACGUCUGGACGAGAUGGCCCUGCUCACAGACAAGCGUGCGCAGCAGUGCGGAUGUGAAGGUGGAGCUGUGGAGCGUCUGUCUGCAACUGUGAGCUGCAAGUUCUGGGCACAAUGUGAUGGCGGACAUCUUUUUGAGUCCUGCUUCGUCGAAGGUGGGGUGCACGCCACCUCAGGUCGUUUGAAACCUGACCAGGCGUUGGCUAUACGUCCCGGGUCUGACAUUGAUUGGACCAAGCGUACGUUUGAGCGCUUCUCGUUGCUAGUUGAGCCCAGCAAACUCCUCUUCUACGGCAGCCCAACUGAAGAACAGAUGCAAUACCACGAUUCGUCUUGGCCUCCGCCGACGCUCACAGAUCACCCGUACAUCCGGCAUCCGCACGCCGACCCUUGA